GCGUUUUAGCUUAUUAUCAAUAAUUAACGGUUUUCGGCAGAACUUCCCUCUUGUGAUGAAGGUAUUACGCUUGUCAAGAUGCUCAAUCAAUUCCUUCAACGAACGGAGCUGGAGCAUCUUGUUACACCCGAGUCACCAAAGCAACCAGAACCAGAGGUACUUGAAAAUCCCGAACUUGCUUCUGCCAUGCGCGAAGGAACCAAGGUUAUUCACCGUGCUGCAGAAACUAGUGUGUUUACAAAACGUUUCCUCAAAGGUGAUAUUAAUACAGAUGAGUAUGGUAGAUACAUCAACUCUUUGUAUUUUGUCUACAGAUAUAUGGAAGGACUACUUGAAGAAUAUAAAGAACAUCCAGUUGUCAAAUUAAUUUACUUCCCAAUAGAAUUAAAUAGACGAGAGGCUCUCGAAAAAGACUUGGCAUUCUUUUAUGGACCAGAUCGUGUUGAAGAGCUGACCAAGCCCGAAACGAUGACACCAGCAGUUAGAAAGUAUGUAUCUGCCAUGAGAGAUGCCUGUAACCAGGAUCCUGCUCUCUUAAUUGCCCAUAGCUACUCAAGAUAUCUUGGUGAUUUGAGCGGUGGUCAAAUACUUGCCAAGCGUUUGAAAAAGCACAUUCUAAAGCUGGAUGAAAAGGAUGGUGAAUGGGACUCUGCCGACGGAUUAAACUUUUAUUACUUUAAUAACCUAGGAAAUCAAGCAGAAUUCAAGAAUUUUUACCGUGAGCGUUUGAAUGCUGCCAAAGUGACUGCAAAGACUAGAGAACUCAUUGUGACCGAAGCUGUUAAGUCAUUCGAGUUAAAUAUUACCUUGUUUGAUGAAAUCCAGGAACUAUCGGAAGCUGGUCUAUUGGCCGUGACAUCCUAUAAACCAGAUCAGCAAGAAGAAGCAAUUGUUACUCUAGAAGAGAUUGAUAUCUUGCAAAAGAAUGGAGCUGACAAGAUGGAGCCUAUUAAGGCAGAAAAGCGUAGCAAGUCAACUUAUAUCAAGUGGCUCACAGUGACUGUUGCUGCUGUGGCCAUUGGCACUGCAGUGUAUCGUAGAUAUUUUAAACGUAAUUAAGAAUUUAUUCAAAAAUAAAUAAGCUUAAAGCAUU